AUGGUAGUCCAUUUAACUGGCGGUUCGCCGUCGCACGCAUCUCCAGGAGACUCUCACUCGAAGCGCAGUAAGGGAAUCAACUACCGUGCUCAGAUCAAUCGGUUCCUCGUGUCCGUGAUCGGCGGCGUUGGAAGCGGCGGACCUGCCGGGUCGCGACAUCGAAGGGUUCAAGUUGGUCUCGCCCUCGCCGCAAUCACGUUCCUAUGGCUCACGCUCGGCUGCUUGUUGCUGCCGUUCACCUGCCCGUUCCCCCGAGGAGGCCGCAUUCACAAGCGGGUUAAGCCUGCCAAUUUCACAUCGGAUAUUUUCAACCGCCAGCUUCCAGACGCGAUUACCACGGCACUCAAGCAGCCGUGGAAGAAACAGCCCAUCCCAGUGGUGGUGGUUCACCAGCAACCAUCGGGCUCAGUGGCCUGCCACCCCUCGCACUUCAUGCACCGCAACCUGCGGCACACGAGGCAGCGCAACGCAGUGGUGUAUUUCAUCGGGCCGGACAGCGACGAGUGUGUGGAGAUGGCGAGGGAGCUCGAUAUCGUUCUCGACCCCGUGAUAGGGUAUCAAGAUGUGGUCGGCUGGUUCUCUGCUAACCUCGGGGAUCCUGUGUCCUACCAGGUGCGCUGGUUCAUCCUCAAGGCCUUCAUGGAGCGCCAUGCCUUCCCCCGCAUCUUCUUUCUCGACUCGGACGUCAUUCUCUUUGCCAAUGUCACUGAGCUCGCCACCAUGCUGUUUUCAAGGGUUCACCUGGUUGUUUCCCAGCGCUGGCCCAGUCUCCGAGCCCCGGGUCCCAGCCAGUAUGCAUCCACAGCAGUGAGCGGACACGUGUCCCUCUGGACUUAUGACGCGCUCUCAGACUUCCUCGACUUCUUCCAGCUCUUUGUUCAGGAAGCAACGCUGUACGGCCAGCCUGGUGACGCUCGUCUUGUAGCGGAGCGUGCUUACAACGACAUGGUGGUGCUGGGAUGGUACACACACCGGGUGUGCUGGAUGAAGAACCCGCAGAACCUGCACCCUCAGUGCAUCUGUGACAAGGAGAGUGGGGUCACUCCUGAGCGGUCAGCGCGCAUACGUGGAAAGUUCACACCCAAGUUCCGGGUCGACUCGUUUGCCACGCCGCGCUGGUGCAAUGCGACUGACUGGUGGGACGAGGGGUGGUGCGUCUUUGACAACAACUUCUCCAUUCAGGUCAGAACAGAGUCACCUCUUUCCAGGCCCUCACCUCCCUUCCGGUUGCAGCCAACCCUCCUUGCCCAUUUUCAUGAGUUGAUUUCCAAUCUCCCUUCCCCAUUACCCCUUCCACCUUCCCCUUCCCCCUUCCUCCUUACCCCUUCUCGUUCCCCCCAUCUCACCACCCCCCUCCUCCCACCAUUGCUGCCCCCUCUUGCCCUCCCUCCCUCCCACCUGCAGACACCCACACAGUUCUUCAAGUAUCGGCCUCAGGAUGGCAUGAAAUGCCCCUCAUCAAUGCACUACACUCACUUUGAUGACUGGGCCAAGGAGGGCGAGAAGCAGACGUCGCCGGUUCAAUUCCUGGGAGUGCACUUUCAGGCGCACAGAAAGGGGUACCUCACAAGGGGGGAUGACCCAGCAGCCACAUGGGGUUCUAGCCCGGAUUGA